GUAACCCUGCUACUGUUUUUAUCACGUGACCUUCGCUUUGGCGUCAGUCAGAUCGAGCCAUUAGGAGUUUAAUCCAGUUUAAUCUAAUAGGGAAUCCCCAUUAAUCACUGGCAGUCAUGUCUGACGAAGCGGCCGAGAAGGUGUCUGCUGAUUUAAAAGAAAAGGCGGUCAAGGAAAAUGACCUCAACAAAAGCUUAGAUAGGAACAACAGUGAGCAUGACGAAGACCAUCCUUCUAGUCCAGAGAUUCACUUCGAGCCUCUGGUGAAACUUCCUCUUGUAGAAGUAAAGACUCUCGAGGAAGAUGAAGAAGAACUUGUCAAACUACGCGGCAAGCUGUACCGCUACGACAGCACCGAGACACCGGCAGAGUGGAAAGAGCGGGGAACGGGAGACGUGAAAAUCUUGAAAAACAAGAAUGGCCGCUGCAGGAUUCUCAUGCGGAGAGAUAAGACCAUCAAGAUCUGUGCCAAUCACUAUGUGACGAGCAACAUGGAGCUGAAGCCCAACUGUGGGAGCGACAAGGCCUGGGUAUGGAGCACGCCGGCUGAUUUUGCGGAUGAGGAGGCAAAGCCUGAACUUCUGGCCAUACGUUUUGGAAGCAUUGAAAAUGCACACAAGUUCAAGGAGGCUUUUGAGACAGCCAAAAUGCUUGCACAAAACGACUGUUCGAAAGAGUGUCACGAGGAGCUUACCAAGAAUAUGGAUGCCCUUAAAGUGGAGGAGACAAAUGAGUAACAUUUGGCAGUUCCAUCUGGAGAUCCACCUGUAUAGAUCCAUGUCAUUUUUCUUUUUGUACAGUGAAACAAAGGAAACAUAUAAAAAAAACUGCUUUCUUGUCAUA